AUGGGCAUGGAUAAUUCUACGACGUUGGCCAUCCAUUGGGUGUUCAGCGUAGUCGCAAUCGCUCUGAUAACGCUGCGGCUUGCGAUCAAAAGCUACACACGCUACAAAUACACGCUCGGUGACUAUUUUGCCGUUGGAGCCCUGUUCUGUGUUCUCGUGCGACUCCCGAUCAUCCAUGUGGUUCUGAUCUGGGGCACGAACAAUAUGCCUGUCGCCUAUCGUCAAUCGCAUCACUUCUCACCCCAGGAAAUUUACCACCGCGAGACUGGAAGCAAACUUAUUCUCCUCGACCGCGUGGUUUACAACAGCUAUCUCUGGCUACAAAAAUUGGUUCUCCUCGACACAUACCGCCGUCUCAUCCAUCAUCUGCCCUGGGAAAAAACCACCCUGUGGGCCUAUGGUGGUGUCUUCGCUGCGACAUAUGUCACUGUACAGACGGUGACAUUUACCGAAUGCCACCCAUUCGACCAUUACUGGAUGGUAGUGCCUGACCCAGGAAGCUGCUGUCAAGCUCAGGUGCAGCUUAUCACCCUGGGGAUCCUGAAUAUUGUGACCGAUGUCAUGUUGAUAGUGUUGCCGAUCCCAGUUUUGAUCUUAGUAAAGAGAUCUCUUUUGCAAAAACUCCAACUCUCCUGUCUUUUCGCUCUCGGCUUCUUCAUCGUCGCCAUUACCAUUAUCCGACUGCCCCAGAACGCCAACAACUCGACCGCCCAAGUAAAUCGUACCACCUGGGCGUCGACGGAACUACUUGCAGCCGCCAUUGUGGCCAACGCACCAGUGAUCUACGGGUUCUGGCGAGGUGCUCGACUGGCUAGUCAAAACAAUACAAGGGAGUCAUCGAGUAAUAGAUUUUUCAACAGCAGACAAGCGAGUCGAAAAGGAGCUCAAGCAGGAGACCUUGAUGUGGAGGAUGAAAAUAAUGAUAAUAAACAUGAUGGUAGAGUGAAUCUCGGAAAUUUACCGCCAGGAAUGAGUUCAUCAACGGCUUUACGAUCCACUGCGGCCACACAGGCGGAUAACCGUAGCCUGGAUCCGAGAGACGAUACAUGA